AUUGCGUUAUUAUUUUAAUCAGACUACUCUAUUUUUCCAUUUCCACUUUAUUGAAAAAGCCGGUAAUCAUUCCCAUCCCCAUGUCUCUCCUUCUCCAGCUAUUAUAGUCUUUCCAUAUUUCUCUCCCCUCUUCCAUCUAUCUAGCUACCUUCCCUAUAUAUAUAUAUAUAUAUACACAUAAAGAGAUUAACUAAUAUAGUCAGCAACUAGAAAUCAAAAUGGGUAGAGCUCCCUGCUGUGACAAAGCCAAUGUCAAGAGAGGACCAUGGUCACCUGAAGAAGAUUCAAAACUCAAGGCCUAUAUUGAGCAACAUGGAACUGGUGGUAAUUGGAUUACCCUUCCCCAGAAAGUAGGUCUCAAGAGAUGUGGGAAGAGUUGUCGGCUUAGAUGGCUGAAUUAUCUCCGGCCAAAUAUCAAGCACGGAGAGUUCACUGAUGAGGAAGACAACAUAAUCUGUACUCUCUACAUGAGUAUCGGUAGUAGGUGGUCAAUUAUUGCUGCACAAUUACCUGGGCGAACGGAUAAUGAUAUCAAGAACUACUGGAACACGAGGUUGAAGAAAAAACUACUACUAUGCAAUAAGCAGCGAAAGGAUCAUCGGCCACGGACCGGAUCAUACAUUAAUCAUAAUAAGCUAGAGAUGAUGAAGGAACACGAAAAUUUCUUUGCUACUCAUCAAACUAUCAAUAAUACAUAUUCUUGGCCUUCACAACAAAUACUCUUCUCUACACUAAUUGCACCACAAAAUCAUGACCUGGCAGAAAGCAGCAGUGCAAACAGCCACAACUUUCAAUAUUCCACUACUGAUCAGGUUUAUUUCUCCCAAGAUCAAUUGUGUCAAAUUAGCUCCACCAAUCAGCUUGCAUCGAUGAAUCUCGUAAAUGGCAAUACUUGUAACUCUUCUGUGAUGAUAAGCAAUGGCUAUUACCCUAGCAACGGGGUCGUUAUCAACAACGGUCUACAAGAGUAUAACAAUUACAAUUCUGUUGGGCUGGAUCAUGACGCGCUCAAUAGUACUCAUUCUCAACAAGUAGAUAAAAGUGUUUUGGAAAUGGUCAAUAGUAGCACUAUUAGUACCACAUCACAAGAUCAAAGUACAAGCUGGGAAGAAUUGAGUCCUCUUGUUAAUUAUCCUCCAUCAGUAUUCGAAACCGUAUCACCUUACUAUGUAUUUGAAGAGCAAAGGUACAUGGGGUUGUUGAAACAGUAAAACAUUAAUUUUAGCCACAUAUAUAUUAUGUAACUUUCCAAGUUUCAGUCGACUUUUCAGUGUGGUGCCUAUUCACUGAAACUUAGGGAUAUGUUUGGUUACUUUCCACUAUCACUUUCAUAUAUCUUGAUUACUACUACUACAGUAUUGAAAAAUUCUUUGUAUUUUCUCGA